CUGAAGUAACUUCGAUGAAGCAAAUCAGCGUUGGAAGGGGAGGAGUGACGUGAGGGGGAUGGUCCGUCGAAUGAUAAGACCAGAGUGCAACUGUUCGAUACUUGGGUGUGUGUAAGUGAGGAUGACAAUGCCGCAUGUGGGGGCAGUAUUUGCAGCAAUGGCAGGAGUGGUUGCCCUCAUGCUGCACUCCUCCAUUCACAAGAUAGAGGAAGGACACCUUGCCGUCUACUACAGAGGUGGAGCUUUACUAACUACUCCCAAUGGUCCAGGAUAUCAUAUCAUGUUGCCUUUCAUCACCACAUACAGAGCAGUGCAGACCACGCUUCAAACUGAUGAGAUCAAGAAUGUGCCUUGUGGGACAAGUGGUGGUGUGAUGAUCUACUUUGACAGAAUAGAAGUUGUAAAUAUGUUGGUCCCUACAGCAGUGGUGGACAUUGUGAGGAACUACACGGCCGAUUAUGACAAAACUCUCAUUUUUAACAAGAUUCACCACGAAUUGAACCAGUUUUGUAGCGUCCACACACUUCAGGAAGUCUACAUUGAGCUGUUCGAUAUUAUAGAUGAAAACCUCAAAACUGCACUGCAGAAAGAUCUGAACGCUAUGGCACCUGGACUUACAAUACAGGCUGUCCGUGUCACCAAACCGAAGAUUCCCGAGUCUAUCAGGAGGAACUUUGAACUCAUGGAAGCAGAGAAAACUCGUCUCCUAAUAACGGUUCAGACUCAGAGGGUUGUGGAAAAGGAGGCGGAGACUGAAAGGAAGAAAGCCAUUAUUGAGGCUCAGAAAGUGGCUCAAGUAGCAGAGAUCCAUUUUAGACAAAAGGUGAUGGAGAAAGAGACUGAGAAGAAGAUUUCUGAAAUAGAAGAUGCUGCUUUCCUGGCCAGGGAGAGGGCCAAAGCAGAUGCAGAGUAUUACACUGCUGCUAAGUUUUCUGAGGCAAACAGGCUUAAGUUGACGCCGGAGUACCUGGAGCUGAUGAAGUAUCAGGCCAUAGCUGCUAACAGUAAGAUCUACUUUGGUCAGGACAUUCCGAACAUGUUUGUUGAGGGGAACAGCAAUUCGCCCAAGUCUGGACCAACUUCAAGUUUGCCCGGCUCUGAAUCAGACGUGUUCAAAGCUAAGCCAGAUGGGCACUGAGGCUCCAGGAGAACCUGAUGAGGACCUUUCACUGAAAAUUGUGGGUGUUGAAGCUUUGCAGAUGGUCUUGAAUCUAAACAGCAGUGGGGACGGUGAAGUGAAAGAUGAUUGGAAAGUGCGAGAGCCUGGGGUAAACAGAAAGUUGGAGAGAAAAAGUGAGCUUAAGGAAUGCUCGAUGCCAUGGUAAAAAUAAUUAGCAUAAAACGCCUAUGCCUGGAAAGGUGACACUAAAGAGUCGCCCUAAUUUAAAUGUGCGCUUCUCUAUUUCAGGUUAUGCAUUUUUUUUUUCCUGCAUUGUCUUUUCUAGUCUUGCAGCUGCGUUUAUGUUUUUCUGUGUGCGAGAGCAUGAUUUGUGAUUAAAUAUGAGAUGAUUUUCUGGAAAUGAAUGUCUGGCUUUGCAGCACUGGAAUCUGACAGGUGUCGCUAGUUAAAAGUUUGAAUACUUUGUACGGGUUCAGGUGUACGGUAUAUUUGUGCCAUUUUUGUGCCGGUCGGCCGUCGUUGCUGAGAGUCCUUUUGAAGACUAAGUAAUCCUAGCUUCCAUGAAACGCUGCCUUUGAACCGUUGACUUUUAGUCAGCUUAUGCACCAAUGUUUUAGGGUAACCGGUGUGGUAGGACUCGGUCAUUGGAUGGAAGCCACCUUUAGUUUGGUUUUGAUGAACUGGAACUGAAUAUGUGCGGCGAAAGCUUUAAUUACAGUGGAUGAUUUACUGCUUGUUGUGUUGUUUAUUUUCUGGGGGGUUUUGUAAUCCUAUGUUGAUUUGUUUUGUUGGCAAUUACUUUAAUUCCCAGUGAGAUAAAAAGAAGAGAAAUAAAAUCUGGUUUUCUUCUAUAAAUUCAGAUGAUCGAUCAUUUCUGUGAGAGUGCUACAGCAAUAAAUACCAGCUCAACACGCUUGGAUGUAUUCUUUUUGUUAAGAAUUUUCUUUUCUUUUUUUAUUCUGAUUGUCAUUUGAAAGGUUUGCUUGAAUCAGAUGAUGGGCAUAAUUUAUUAAAUAUCAACUUUCUAUUUUCAGGGCUUUUCAGUUUAUCGUCCAUUCUCAGGAAUUGCUUUUCAUUCUUUUAGAAAAACUUGGCAUUGCUACAUAUUCACAGACGAGUUACUCUUAGGUUAAAUUGGAAAUACAAAAUCCCUACAAAUGUAUUUUAAUUUGUUUGUAUAAAGUCUGUAAACAGGAGCAUUUUGAGGAUGUUGUCGGGUCAAAAAUGAAAGAAAUUCUGAAACAAUUCCAAUUGUAGUGGUUUUGACUACACCAGCUUAACUGGAAAUGCACAUCUCCCUGUUGAGAGUAAUAUUUAGGCAAGCACUACACAGAAAUACUGAAUUAGGAGGUUCUUUUUAUUUUAUUUUUCUGAGAUUUGAACAAAAUGCAAGUUGGUGCUAGUUGUUUUUUUUUUUUUUUUGGGGCAGGGGGCUGUUUUAAACGUUGAAAGACUUUCACCACUCAGAUUUCAAGCCUUACAUAAAAAUGAACUAACUGACCUGCAGGCUGAAUAUUCUAACAAACACAAGCAAAGACUGGAGAAAACAACAGUUAGCAGCCCACACCGGUUGUUGUUUUUUUUGAAGAUGAUGUUGUUUGGUGGUGGGUUUAAACACACAAAGAAUAAAGCGGUUGUGAAAUUAAUUUUGUCAAUAUUUUGUACAAUCUGUGAAAUUUAAAACAUUUUCUCCUUGUUUUAAAAAUGUUUACAUGUAAAAAUGUUUCUAGGUUUUGACAAUGUUUCUAUGUAAAAUAAAACCUAUUUUGGUACCAGUUUC